GUCCUGAAGAAAGCAUGAACACGGAGGAACAAAGACAUGAUCCCCUCAAGAAGACCCACACUGGCAGCCCCAGCUACCAGGACACCAGGGGGCACUGGGGAAGUAGGAUGGAGUUCCUACUUGCCUGUCUCGGCUUCUCGGUGGGCUUGGGGAACUUGUGGCGGUUCCCCUACCUGGCGUAUGAAAAUGGAGGAGCGGCGUUCCUGUUGCCGUACCUGCUGCUGCUGGUGAUCGUAGGUCGUCCCCUCUACCUGACGGAGGUGGCACUCGGGCAGUACAGUCAGCUGGGACCCCUGCACACCUACAGGAAACUCACACCUCUCAUGGCGGGUCUAGGAUACCUGCAGCUCCUCUCAGAACUCACUUCCUCCUCGUACAUGAUCAUCCUGGGCUACUCCCUGCACUACCUCUUCACCAGCCUCACUCACAUCGGACAUACCUUGCCUUGGUCUAAGUGUGACCCCGCAUGGGCGAAGGAACCAUGUCACGUGAUAGGGGUGACUACAUCUUCAUGCCGCGGCGCUAACAACACAGAAGCUUGCGCCUUUUCCGACCAAUCUUCAUCUACGCAAUACUGGAGACACGAGGUGUUGCGAUUAGACUCGGAAGGCCUCGUGAACUUCGGAGAGUUGGGAGGCCUGAUCCCCUCUCUUGUGUUGUGCCUCUUCGUGGGGUGGGUGAUUACGUGCCUCUGCCUCAUUAAGGGCAUAAAGACUACGGGCAAAGUCGUCUACUUCACAGCAACCUUCCCCUUCUUCGUGCUACUUGUCCUCGUGGUUGCUGGAGCCUUGCUUCCAGGAGCAUCGAAAGGGCUCGUGUAUCUGUUCGUGCCCAAGUGGGAGAAGCUACUGGAUGUGAACGUGUGGAGGAAGGCACUAGAGCAAGUGGUCUAUUCGCUCUCCAUAGGUGGAGGCGGAUUGGUUACUUUCGGCUCUUACAACGAUUUCAACACAAAGGUGCACAUAGACGUCUUGAUUUUAUCGGUCUUGGAUCUGAUCGCGUCGCUGAUGUGUGCCGUGACAAUCUUCUCUGUGAUGGGCGCCAUGGCCUAUGAGCUGGGCAUCGAAGACGUCAGUAAAGUCGUCGCGUCUGGUCCGGGCUUGGCAUUCGUCGCGUACCCUGAGGCGAUCGCCCGUACCUUGCCAGUACCCCACGUCUGGUGCUUUCUGUUCUUCACCAUGUUCUUCAUUCUCGGCCUCAGCUCCUUGUUCGGAGGUAUGGAGCUGCUGAUGACGGCGCUGCUGGACGAGUUCCCGCAGUUGAGGCGCCGCAAGCCGGUGAUUGUUGUGGGUCUCUGCGUCUUUCUCUUCUGCCUCGGCCUUCCCUCCUGCACUCCGAAAGGCCAGUACAUCAUCUACCUCAUCGACGUCUUUAAUUUCGGCAUUGGCAGUUUACUGGCAGCCUUCAUCACCUGCGUCACCGUCCACUGGGUGUUUGGUGUCAACAAUUUCAGUGACAUGAUCGAGUUCAUGCUGGGCUUCCGUCCGUCGGUCCUCAUGCGCGUUACCUGGGCCUGCAUCGCUCCCGUCUUGCUGCUGGCGGUGUUCGUGGGUUCCUUGCUGCAGUGGAGCUGGCCGCUGUACGCGGGCGUCGUCCAAUAUCCUGUGUGGGCGCUGCUGCUGGGCGCCGCCAUGCCCCUCGUCACCCUCGCCCCUCUCGUCGUCGUCGCCCUUGUGCACGUCAUCAAGCUCGUCAGGCGCGGGAGGGUACGCGACUUCCUAAAACCCCAUCACAGCUGGGGCCCCGGUUGCCCCGUGGCCCGCCAGCGACUCGGUGAAGUCGUGCGGCAUAGCCUAGAGGAGCUAAGACUCAACACUCGCGUCACAAAGAGCACCGUCGACAUACCCGACCAGUAGUGUCCGUAGCUUCAUGCCAGUGACGAGACUCCAUAGAUUGCUAGUCUUUGUCGAGAACAUUUGUUGUCUGUAACAAGCUUUUUUUGCUCGCGUCACUUUUUCUGUACCUUAUUGAAGUGCAACGAUUAGGUCUUGUCGUAGGUGUGCAAUUUUUUGCUUCUAUUUUCGUCAACCCACUGUUUCAUUGUUCAUCGAAAGUUCUUAUUUUAAGAUGGAGUUCUUAUUUUAAGAUUAUUAUUUUAAGAUGUAUAAUGCCGUGGAAAGGGCGUUUCAUUCCUUCUCAGCUUUGCACUUGUGAACGACAGACGUUAUUUGUUCAUUAAAAUUCAGUUACUCAACUUCAAGUUUACACUACUCAUUAGCUAAUUUUACUUAAACAUCAGUGAAAACAGUUUAUUUCUUACGCAGGCGUUUUUGACUAGCCACUGGUCUCCUCUGCUUAAAAUUGACGACAGCAUUAAUAACGGCCACAUGCCGUUCGUCGGUUGCGUGUUAGCUGCUAAAGCGCCGGGGUAGUGCCGGAAAUACCAAUUUGGAUAGCUGUUAGUACCCAAUUUUUGGGUUGAAUCGUAUACGAGGCGCUCUCGGUGACGGUUGUAGACAUGGGAUAAUAAAUCAGUGCGGUUUUAUUGGCAAUGGCCUAAAUACGGCUGUCUCCUUUGUUUUGUAAUCACGCCAUCCAUGUGGUCCGUGCGCAAUUUGAGAUAUGCGCAGGUGAGAUACAGUAUGUGCGUAUAUGUGAGAUAUGCGCUAGUUACGAGUAAGUAAAAAAUUUAUCUUAAAAAUGUAUGGUUACUAUAUAACGAGUGAACACACAUUCUUGUCCCGCGUACGUUGUCCCUUACCGAUUUACCGAAACCUCGAGGUUAUAUCCGGCCUUUUUUUUUGCGUCUUCGUUCUAAUUAAUUCGCUGUUCGAUGUUGAUAAAA